AUUGUUUACAAAAUGAAGUCUUUAGGUAUUGGUAUUCUCUGUCUGCUCGGCACACUGGCCUGGGCUCAAGACCUGGAGCCCAUACCUGACGAGGAGCAGCCACUGCCGAUUUUUUUGCCUACAUAUUCAUCGGACGAUUUUGCACUAUCCGCAGCUGUUAAGAUGAAUUGGUUCCAAGCCCAAGCCGCCUGCGCCUCUCAGCAGGGCUACACCUUGGUCAGCUUGGACACGCAAGACAAGCAUAAUCGCGUUUACCUAUUUUUGCUCCAGUCUGGCUAUUUGCAACUGCUUACCGAACCUGUUUGGACGUCGGGCUCGAAUCUGGCUAGCGGUUCUCAAUGGAAUUGGUUUAGCAUUGGAACUAGCUUCAAAUACCGCAACUUCCAGAGUCCACCUGGUUCCGCAUACCGCUGUGUCGGCCUUAAUGCUGUUACAGGUUACUGGAUCGCUGAAGAUUGCUACGCCCAGCGUUAUUUCGUCUGCGAAAAGCGUUGUACAGAGGAAUAGAAGCUAACGUAAACGACCUUUAUAUAAAAUGUAUAUAUUCUUUAAUAUGAUAUGGUGUUGGUCUGUACAAAGCAUAAUAAAAGUUUCUGAUUGCAAAAAAGG